AUGGAGUCGACUGCUCUGAAUGAAAGGAUGACUCGAUGGAAAAUUCUUCUUUUCGAAUUUGAUAUAGUUUACGUGAACCAGAAGGCAGUAAAAGAGAGUGCAAUAAUAGAUUUUCUAGCCAGUAGAGCUCUAAAAGAUUACGAGCCUUUGAAUUUUGAUUUCUCAAAUGAAGAUAUAAUAUAUGUUGCAACUACCGAAGAAUGUGCUGAAGAAGAACAGCCCUGGAAACUAAUCUUUGGUGGGGCUUCCAAUGCUAUGGGUAACAAAAUCGAGGCAGUCCGAGUAUCCCCAAAUGGAUAUCAUUAUCCCUUUACUAGUAAAUUGGACUUUGAUUGCAUGAACAAUAUGGCAGAAUACGAAGCAUGCAUCAUGGGUUUCCGUGUAGCCAUAAAACGUAAGAUUAAAGUACUGGAGGUAUAUGGGGAUUCUGCAUUAGUGAUCUAUCAACUCAAAGGUGAAUAA